AUGGCAAAGGAGGCUCCCGCAAAGACCGGUCUGACCAUUGGUCAGAACCGUGGCCACAAGACGACUGCUCGCGUUGUCAAGCCCCGUGUUUCCAAGACCAAGGGUCACCUAAGCAAGCGCACCGCGUUUGUCCGUGAGGUCGUCAAGGAGGUCGCUGGCCUCGCCCCCUACGAGCGCCGUGUCAUUGAGUUGCUCCGCAACUCCCGUGACAAGCGUGCCCGUAAGCUCGCCAAGAAGAGGCUCGGUACCUUUGGCCGUGCCAAGAAGAAGGUCGAUGAGCUCCAGCGUGUCAUCGCCGAGUCGCGCCGUGCUGGCCACUAA